AUGGAGCCGGCGGGAGACUCUUCCGUGGAGGCCGCGAUUGCAUGGCUGGUGCAGACCAUCCUUGCAACGCUCCUCAUGGACAAGAUGGAGGAGUGGAUUCGGCAAGUCGGGCUUGCCGACGACGUCGAGAGGCUCCAGUCUGAGGUCGAGAGAGUCGACACGGUGGUGGCUGCUGUGAAGGGGAGGGCAGCCGGGAACAGGCCUCUGUCCCGGGCUCUCGCUCGUGUCAAGGAGCUUCUCUACGACGCCGACGACUUGAUCGACGAGCUAGACUACUACAGGCUCCAACAGCAAGUCGAAGGAGUUACAAGUGACAAGCCUGACGAUAUGCGUGGAGCUGAAAGAGUGGAUGAAAUAUCAAGGGGCCAUGUUGAUACACUGAAUGUCAGUGUUGGCAAAUUACGGUCCGCGGUAUGGGAACACUUCACCAUCACAGAAACAACUGUUGACGGGAAGCGUUCAAAAACCAAAUGUAAGUACUGUACAAAGGAUUUUAAUUGCGAAACGAAGACAAACGGGACUUCAUCUAUGAAAAAACAUUUGGAGAAGGAGCAUUCCGUGACUUGCACGAAUAAACCUGCAGCGGGGGCCCAAACACUUCAAGGUACCAGCAGGAAUUUAUACCUUGCUUCAACGAAUUUGUUGUAA